AAUCGGAGCCGCCGUUCGGCGGUGGGAGGGGAGGGGGCGGAUCCACAGCGCGGCUCAGCGGCCCCGCUGCCCAUCGCCGCCCGAGUGCGCCCCGUCCCGCCGGCCGGAAGGAUGUGCUCCCGGAAGUUCCGGCGCUGCCGCUGUGUGGGAUAAACAGUCAUGGCGGAGGCGGUGGCUCUAGGAACAACGGCGGACGCCGCGGCAGCCGUGGCGCUGGGAACAUCCCCCGUGGCGGCCGCGGGAGCCGCGGCUGCGGCCUUCGACUUCGUAGACGUGCCGCCGCCCGUCGUGGGGCCGGGAGGAGGCGGAUGGACCAAGCAAGUCACUUGCAGAUAUUUCAUGCAUGGAGUCUGCAAGGAAGGAGACAACUGCCGCUACUCCCAUGACCUCUCCACUAGUCAGUCUGCCAUGGUGUGCAGGUACUACCAGCGAGGAUGCUGUGCUUAUGGAGAUCUUUGCAGAUAUGAACAUACCAAGCCACUGAUACAGGAAGAAGUGACUGAUGUGGAUCCAGAUGCAAAGAUUUAUGCCUCGAUGUCCUCAGACUUCGCAUCACUCCCUGAAACAGUUGAAGACAUCAUUGCUGAGAUAGAAGAUGAAAAUAUAGAUCUAGCAGCUGAAAAUAUAGAUCUGGCAGCUGAAAAUAUAGAUCUGGCACCUGAAAGUAUUGGUCUGGCAGCCGAAUGUAUUGGUCUGCCACCUGAAAGUAUGGGUCUGCCACCUGAAAGUAUGGGUCUGCCACCUGAAAGUAUGGGUCUGCCACCUGAAAGCAUGGGUCUGGCAGCUGAAAGCAUGGGUCUGGCAGCUGAAAGCAUGGGUCUGCCACCUGAAAGCAUGGGUCUGCCACCUGAAAGCAUGGGUCUGCCACCUGAAAGCAUGGGUCUGCCACCUGAAAGCAUGGGUCUGGCAGCUGAAAGCAUGGGUCUGUCACCUGAGAGCAUGGGUCUGGCAGCUGAAGAUAUUGGUCUGGCAGCUGAAAAUAUUGAUCUAGCAGCUGCAGGAGUAGGUGCUGAAGACUGGGUGAAUGCUGUGGAGUUUGUCCCUGGGCAGCCGUACUGUGGACGUGCUGCCCCUUCCUGUGCUGAAGCAUCCUUGGAAGAAAUGGUGAUUGAGGAAGAAUAUGAAAAGCAGGAAAUAGAUGUGGAGAUAAAGAAGGAGCUGUGCCCCUACGCUGCAGUAGGAGAAUGUCGUUACGGGGAAAACUGCGUGUAUAUCCAUGGGGAUGUGUGCGAUAUGUGUGGGCUGCAGGUCUUGCAUCCAAUUGAUGCUGCGCAGAGAUCCGAGCACAUAAAGUCUUGCAUUGAAGCUCACGAGAAGGACAUGGAGCUUUCAUUUGCCGUCCAGCGUAGUAAAGACAUGGUGUGCGGGAUAUGCAUGGAGGUGGUGUAUGAGAAAGCUAAUCCUAGUGAGCGCCGCUUUGGGAUCCUCUCCAACUGCAGCCACACUUACUGCCUCAAGUGCAUCCGCAAGUGGAGGAGUGCUAAACAAUUUGAGAGCAAGAUUAUAAAGUCCUGCCCAGAAUGUCGGAUCACAUCUAACUUUGUCAUUCCAAGUGAGUACUGGGUGGAGGAGAAGGAAGAGAAGCAGAAACUCAUUCAGAAAUACAAGGAGGCAAUGAGCAACAAGCCAUGCAGGUAUUUUGAUGAAGGCCGUGGGAGCUGCCCAUUUGGAGGGAACUGUUUUUACAAGCAUGCGUAUCCUGAUGGCCGCCGAGAGGAGCCACAGAGAUCCAAAGUGGGGACAUCAAGUAGAUUCCGGGCCCAGCGGAGGAAUCGGUUCUGGGAGUUCAUUGAGGAGCAAGAGAACGGUGAUCCGUUUGAGACCGAUGAGGAUGAGGAUGAGGUGGUGGCCUUUGAGCUUGGUGAGAUGUUGCUUAUGCUGUUGGCAGCAGGACGUGACGAUGAGCUAACGGAUUCCGAGGAUGAGUGGGACUUGUUUCAUGAUGAGCUGGAAGAUUAUUAUGAUUUGGAUCUAUAGCACCUGUCAGUGGAGUGUGGACUGUCGUCUUGGCUUCAGGCAGUAGCUAUUACCUGUGGUGUUGUGGCAGUGCCUGUGUUUCUCCUAGGCAGGCCGAUCAAUUCCAGGUGCUGUUGUAAUAACUUUUACCCAGGGUCUGUCUCUUCCCAUCCCCUCCCAUCCCAGGAGUGUUGUUUUUUCCUCUGUUUAAAAAAAAAAUAACAUGAAAUAAAUCUUUAAAAUGUUAGUUUUUGUAAAAAUGAAUUUAACUGUCAAACAGUUAGCUUAGGUUUGUUGCUUCAUCUGUGUACCCAACAGAGUUCACCCAGUUCCAGGGUUAAAGUGUUUACAGGACUUCCACACUCAUUUUGAAGAGCCCAGAUACAAAAAUGAGCAGUGGCCAUGCAGUGGGGAUGUAAAUUGGCUGAUGGUCUUUCUGUCAUUGUAUCAAUAUUUCUGACUUCAGGCCAGAUACAAAUACUCAGUUUCUGGCAUCAGCUCCGUUCCAGCCCCCUCAUGUACACAUUUUCAUUUGUGAUUUUGGUCUCUUGUUUACUUGCACAUUACUAUUACUACUGUGUAACCAGAACCAGGUGUGAACGUUCUGGGUUUUUACUGUGUUAGCAUGAAAGGAAAAUGUCUUUGUGAAAGGAGAACUCUCUAUGUGUAUAUACAGAUAAAUGUGGAGUUGGACCUCAAGGAUGGGGAGACUCUGUGUAAGUUAAAAAUAACAAAACCAUCUUUCAUCCCCUCUUGGUGCAUGAAGCCUAGCCUCCAAUUGGACAUGAAACUGGUUUAGUGGUCUCAGCUCAGUCUGUGGCAGUAAUCUUCACUAUCGCUUAACUUAAUAGACAGCACCCCCUAAUACAGCAGCUCUCUUUGAUGUGUAGGAUUAGGGUUGUCCAGGAGCAGAAAUCCGGUUAGCCAAGGUGAGGUCGGAGGAACACCAGAGAGGCCCCUUUAGCUUUAUUGCUCUGUAAUUUUUAGAGUUUGAUGUAACCACUUAAGCCAUGAGCUUUCCUAGGAGAUUGCUGUGCCUCCCGGCUGGUCUGAGGUACGUGUGCCUCUCAGCAUCCGAGUUGAGCAGGUUGCCUGGUAAAGCUGUUCAGCUUAUGUGAGUUACUGCUUACAAAGGCAGUCAUGCAGUUUCUGGCCAUAAUUUGCAUUGAGAAAUUACUUUGCCACCAAAGCCCCCAGCACAGGAAUUUUAACCUUGCAUUACAUUGUUGCUGUUUUUUAUUGACUUGUGGAUGCCCCGUGAUCUGUUCUCCUGCUGCUCUUGUCCCCUAGACUGCCUCUCCUUUCACUUUUAAAUGGAAUGAGAAAUUGUUCUGAGGUCUAUAACGUAUUGUUUUGCAGCUGCCUUUUGUAAGAAGCACUUUUCCCAAUUAAAAAAGUCCAAAAAAAAA